AUGAAUGGCUACAGUAGUCGCGCCUUCGGUGUCGGCGCAUCUGAUAUGACUGUCAAAGAUUUAUCAAUGAUUAGACCGCCCAAUAUGUUUACCGGUCCGGUUUCGCCGAUGAUGGCCACACCAGCGUCACUGUUUUCGGCCGCGCCAAUGAUGGCACAACAGAGACAGUACCAAAUUGGCAGCUCCGGCGGUCUCAUGCAACCGUAUCCUCCGAUGAAUAGUAUGCCAUUAAUGCACAGUCAUGGAGCUUUUCCAAUGGCCAGUCCAUUAGAGAGCUCAGGUAUCAUACUAAUAAUGAUACCCAAUCAAAGUGCAUAUUCCUAUGGAGGUGUACCUACCCGUUUGGGCAACACACUGGCUAGUAUGGGGUACGGUAGCAUGAUGUCUAUGUCCGACCCGUACUUCGGCUAUGGCAUGGGUGGCGUCGGUCGACACGGAAUGGGCUUCAGUCAGGCCAGUCCAUACUCGAUGUACUCCAACCCAGGCAUGCACUCUAUGUCGUCACCAUAUAUGGCAUCGAUUAGCAACUAUUACUCAAACCCAACAUCUGGAUACAUGGGUCCUUCUGCCUACAUGAGCCAACAAUAUGCUGGUGGUGGCAGCGCUUAUGGUGGGCCAUCUUCUAUGAUGGGCCUUAAUGGUGCUGGUUAUGGUAAUUACAACAGUUAUGGUAGUGGUAUUAGUGGCGGUGGUGGCAGUUAUGGCAACAGCAUUAGUAGUGGACUGGGAUCUGGUUACACGACUGGUCAGACAGGCUAUAGCAGUGGUUUAGACGGCAGCAGAGGCGGUGGCAGCAGUAGUGAGGAAAGAAGUUACGCCUCAUCGGCGUCCACACAGUCGGAGACAACACACCAGCAGUCGGAGUCGUUGGACGGAUCGCCAGUGUUUCAAUCGAAUCGAUUGAAUAGAAAGCCGACACUCGAUAAUACCGGUGCUAGAGUUAGGACUAACAUUUAA